AUGCUAGACCAGCAGCAACAAAUGCCAUGUACCAAGAUACUCUCGCCUGGCGCCAUGGUGGGCUCACCCCUGCCCCCACCCCCAUCCCUCCCUCUUCCUCUCCACAGCCACAGUCACAACAACAACAAUGACCAACUAAUCUCCAGUCCCAAUGUCCGCAUGUCUGAAGGCGGUGGUGGCGGCAACAACGACGAUGCAGAGCAAUACGCCAUUCCAACAAGGUACUCCUCGCGCGGUGUGCAACUUCGCGAGCAGAUGAUCAAGUAUGGUCUGAAGUUGUUUCGCAUGGAUGGCGAGGGCAAGUACAUCUGCUUCUUCCAGGGUUGCAGUCUGCACAUGAUCACCAACUUCUCGCGACACGUUGCCAAACACGAAAAGGUAGGAGACCAAAUCAAAUCAGAGUUGCUACAUUUGAGCAACUUCCAUCAAGGCUCCUCCUCGCCAACCAUCGUCGUGCCUCCUCCAUCAACGUCAUCAAAUGUAUCAACAACAACAACAACACUAUCACCAUCUGGACAUGGACAUGGACAACAUGUGCAUCACAGUGGCGCCGCUUCGCCAAUCCCCGUGCAUUCAAAGCACAAGGGAUUCGACGAGAGCAUUUCAUCGUCAUUCAACCAGUCUCAUACACCUCCGCGACACCAUCAACCACAGCAGCAACCUGGCCUCGAGCCAAACGAGGCUCUCGAGCGUCUACUACGAUUCACAAACUAUGGCGGUGGUGGUGUUGGUGGUGGCAGCGAGUCCUCCUCACUGACCACCUCAUCAUCGUCUUCGGCCACCGCAUCAUCAUUCGAUCUUGUAAAGUCACAGAGUGCCAAUACCAUUGGCAACACGACAACAACAGCUGCAAUGAACAUUGGCAUGGGCAGCAGUCACCCGUUGUCAAAGUCUGCACCAAUUCCAACGCCACCUUCAAUUUAUUCUGCUCAGCAACAGCAGCAGCAACAUCAUCACCAGCAACAGUUGCUGGUACAACAACAACAACAACAGCAACAACAACAGCGUAAGCUGUCCGCACCCAUUGCCACAAACAACAAUCUUUAUCAAUCUUCGUCUUCGUCUUCAUCUUCAUCAGCGGCAGCGGCAGCAGCAGCAGCGGCUACAAUGGCAAUGAUGGAUCAACAACCAAUCAUUGUACCACCUCCACAACAACAACAACAGGCGACAUCUCCACCAUCGCCAUCAUCACAACAACAGCAUCACAACAACUUCAAAAAGCCAUCGACUUCCAUCGAAGAUUCAGAGAUCCAAUGGGUCUUCAAGAAGAAGAUGCCCAAGUAG